GCCGGCGACUUGUUUGCCAAGUGGUAACAUCAUUCAAUUUCGAGGCACCCUCCACAUUAUCCUCAACAUGCCUAGUGUAGUCAAAAUGGUUAAAAUGGCCCUUAUGAUCACUCUCCUCUGCUCACCAAUGUUUACCUUGGUUUUGUCAGCUAUACAAACAUCUCGCGGACUCAGCGGCGACGAAGAGGAAGCGUUCGAGGCUGCAGCUGGGUUUGUAGGGCGUCGCGCGAAAUAUCCCACCGGCGAAAAUAUGAUUAGCCAUUUCCUGGUUGAGCCCUUGAACAAUCUAGUGGUGAAAGUCAAUCGAAACGAGGUAGAAACGUAUGCUUUUCUGGAUGGGGCCGGGCCCAUCAUUAAAGAAGGUUCUCGCCACCGAAUUGUCCAAGUUGACACCGACGAAUUUCAAUUCACUUGGUUUUUUCAUGGAUAUAGAGGCCAGUUGAACCUGAAGAAGACACAGGGUUUCAAAAUCCACUCUAUUAACUUGUACCCUGAGUCUUAG